CUUCCAUUUCUACAGUUAAAAUUGCUUCAUAAUAUCUGCUGCAUGAUGGACAUUCAUCUCUGAUCACCCCCUCUCACUUUUUGGCUGAGAAAGAAGAGAGAAAAGAGUAAUUGCGGGCAGGAAGAGGACUCAAAAGAGAAGGCAGAAAGAGGGAUGGAUUAGGAGCUCGAUAAUCGAGCGUUUGAGCAAGCUGCAGAGAGAGUGAAAGGAGUGUUAGUGACUGUUGGUACGCUGUUCUAUGCAUCUUUUCUCCGCCCCUCUCUCCUUCUUUGCCGGUUCCUUGUCUCCUCCAUUCCCAAACACGCCAAAACCCAAUCUAUCAAUUUCCUCUCCUCCACGUACUCUCUCUCUCUCUCUCUCUCUCUCUCUCCCUCCUCUUAUCGAUAUAUACUCCUCACUUUCUAAGGCGUUCUUUCAUCCAUAAGGUCAAGUUCUCAAAAAAUGAACGAUUAAUGAUUUGAGAGCAUGUAGUGAAAGUGAUUCUAGAAAGUGUUUCUAGCAGCUUACUCAAGCUUUUUUCUCGUUACAUAUAUAAUAUUAUUAUUUAUAUGCUCAAUAAGAGAAAAAAUAUAUAUAUCGUUCUCUCUCUUUCAUGUAAUUAGCAAUCAUCAUCAUCAUGCAAUCUUCUUCCUUCACCUACAACAAUAUAUCCUCCAGGGAGAGCGCCUGCUACGAAGCUGAUGAUGUAGAAGAUGAAGAUUCCAUAAUCUUGUCUCUUGGUCCUCCAGGACAAGGUCAAGACAUUUCCAGAUACCCUUUAUCAUAUCCUGCCUCAAACAAGGCCCCCAACUGUCCAAACCCUACUAGCACUGAUCAAAGUGGUGUGACAGUUGCCCUUCACAUUGGUCCACCAGCCAUUGAAACCAGCUCCAGCAACUCUAAUGACAUUCGUAGUAAUAAACUUGUUGAAGGACAGUACUGGAUUCCUUCACCCGCGCAGAUCCUCGUUGGUCCCACUCAGUUCUCUUGCGCUGUCUGCAACAAAACCUUCAAUCGAUACAACAACAUGCAGAUGCAUAUGUGGGGGCAUGGUUCGCAGUACCGAAAAGGCCCAGACUCCUUAAGAGGGACGAAACCAGCUUCUUCGAUGCUGAGACUUCCUUGUUACUGCUGUGCUGAGGGUUGCAAGAACAAUAUAGAGCACCCCAGGUCCAGGCCAUUGAAGGAUUUCAGAACUUUGCAGACACAUUACAAGCGGAAGCACGGGGCAAAGCCGUUUGGGUGCCGGAAAUGCGGUAAGCCUUUUGCUGUCAGAGGGGAUUGGAGGACUCACGAGAAGAACUGCGGGAAGCUCUGGUUUUGCAUUUGUGGGUCUGAUUUCAAGCACAAGAGGUCCCUCAAAGACCAUGUUCGAGCCUUUGGAGAUGGCCACGCUCCACAUACCGUGGAAUACUGUGAGGUUGAAGAAGAAGAAGAUGAUGAUGAUGAUAAUGAUGAAGACAAUGAAGAUGGGAGUCAUGGUCCUCUUUUCUUUUCUAAUUAAUUAUAGUGGAGUACUUCUAACUUUUUAAGUAA